AUGACGUCGGAGCCCUCCGAACUCGCUUCUGAGAGGCAGGUUUUGGAGGGAGAUUGGCGCGCGCUUGAGAUCCAGAGCUUAGACGAGAGCUUCGAGGAUCUCCAGAGCCCGCACCUUUUUUUCCUGUGCCCAUGGGAUCAACGUAAUGUCAACGAAGAUACUAGCGGUACCUUGCAGCCUUCUGUACAGUUGAGCAGAUCUGGCCAAGGACAAAAAGCGCACUAUAGGAGCGAUUGCAGAGUUGAUUUCCUCUGA